UUCUAAAAAGAGAAAAAUAAAGAUAAUCCAAUUUAGUGGCGAGUCAUUGUAGUUCCCCUCCGCACCCGCAGGGGGUCGUCGUGUCAGCAGCGACCGGUGAGGACACUCGUAUUACUGUAGAAGAAACUGCAUGUUUUCAUAGCAACAGCAGCAUGGCUAAACGCAAGUACGACAGCGAGUACAUUAAAUUGUCCCGUUUUUAUGAACUACGAGCUGAAAUUGCUGCAUUUCUCAGCCAGAACAACUCACCUCUUGCCGACGUUUUUAGUAGCAAGGGGUGGCUUGCACUUGUUGCAUACCUGACUGAUAUUUUUGAACACUUAAAUAUGUUAAAUGUGUCUGUGCAAGGAAGAGGACACAACAUUCUUGAACAACGUGAUAAGAUUGAUGCCUUCAAAAAGAAGAUCUCCUUGUGGAUAAACCAUGUUUCUAACAAACGACUGGAUAUGUUCCCAAAUGCUUGUUACGAGCAACAACAGCUGGACGCAGCGGGGAAAAAGACAAUGACGAAAACAAUAAGCACGCAUCUGAAUAAACUUUUCGAGCGGUUUAGCGACUACUUUCCCGAUAAACAACCCGAGGACGACUGGGUGCGCGACCCGUUUGGAAUAAACAUGGAAAGCAUCACGUUGCCUAGCAGCGAUGAAUGUCAGCUGGUGGAGCUAUCAUGUGACCGCACUCUCAGAAAGAAAUUCACAGAGGCAAGAGGAAAGGGGGCCACAGAGAAUUGAACCUUCCUAGCGUACUUGUGGAGAUGCAGGCUGAGGAGGAGCGGAGUCAUGCCCAGCAUGAGCGAACAUCUGGUUGCUCCUCAGUGAGGCAAGAGAGAAUGAAGCGGCCUUGCAGCGGGAGGAGAUGGCCCAGAAUGCUGCCUUCAACCAGUCAUUCCUGGGUGUGCUGGGGUUGUUGGGGCAGGCAGUGGGCAGCCGGCGAGUGUGAGCAAGUCCACCUCCCAUAGACUUGAGAUUUACAAGUGCUGGUCAUAUAAUUAGAAUAUCGUAAAAAAGCUCAUCUUUUGGACAACUGUCAGGUCAGCAGUCUUCCCCAUGAUUGUGUAGCCUACAGAACUAGACUGAGAGACCAUUUAAAGGCCUUUGCAGGUGUUUUGAGUUAAUUAGCUGAUUAGAGGUGUCUUCAAUACUGAAACUUUCCACAAUAUUCUAAUUUUCUGAGAUACCAAAUGUGGGAUUUUCAUUAGUAUUCAGGUAUAAUCAUCGAAGUUCAGAGAACUAAACAUUUGAAAUAUAUCAGUCUCUGUGUAAUGAAUGAGUAUAAUAUACAAGUUUCACUUUUUGAAUGGAAUUACUGAAAUAAAUCAACUUUUUCAUGAUAUUCUUAAUAUAUGACCAGCACCUGUAGUUGUAUAUAGUUUUACUUUUAGCCCUCCACUGUAGGACAGGCCCACCACAGUUUGUACUUUGCACAUUGUAAAUAGUUUUGAUUUUGCUGCCAGCUAAUAAACUAUUUUGUGACUUA